GCAUGGAUAGUAAGUCCGUUCCCGUACCCUAAAAAACGGUACACGUCUGGUCAAAAUGAAAUGCAUCUGGACUGCAACCCGCUUGUCAGCAUGAAUCGAGUUCGCCGUCUUAACGGUUGUCCUCCGGCAGAUCGAAAGGAUGAUCGGUCAUGCAUUCAUUUUUUCAAGCGCCCCGGCGGACCAAGACCUAAUAUUUUGAAUCCUGUUUUGCGUAAGCCUUUCGAGCUGUCAGAUCGGGAGCGUGACGCAGCGUCCCGUAGCCACGCUCGUUACUACGCCGCGGAGAAGUACAAGGACGUCGUGGUGGAAGCGGGAGGAAGCAUAUACUAUUGCCGAGACUGCCGUAAGACGGAGUACGACAGUCACUUGUACCAUAGGCAAUUUGUACAAGCUGAUGAAUGGGAUAUACGGUUAGAACAGGAUGAGACCCAAAAUCCAGGACGCAGUGCGCAAGCCGUCGUACGGUGUUCUAAAAUUGAAAGAACAAGUGACGGUGUGACUAAUCUGAUAAUUGCUUCCAUGGAACCAAACCCAAACGAAUGUACACGUAGCAAAAUCAAAAGCACUGCAAAAGUUCAUGGAAUUUGGCAUAGCCUCCACAUUGGAGGAGAGCAGGAGGGUCGAGCACGUACGGUACGAGAGCGGGGUAGGAAGAAAACAUAAAACAGCAAAGUAUAAAUGGUAAACACAAAAAGACAGGCAACAAGUCCAUCAGUAGUAGGAGUAAAACACCCGGGUCAAGCUACGGCAAAAGUUACGUAGAGGGAAAGUGGAAAUGAAAGAGGGAUAUACGCAAGUCUUAGUCUAUAUAUGCGUUAUAAGCAUGUCCAUGUGAAAUGUCUAUGUUUUUAAUGUCGUCACAGGGUCGCUGGCUAAUUCGGGUACUGUAGGAACGUGGG